ACAGUCACAGUUCAGAGACAUAGUCAGUUGGAACAGAUAGCUGAUCAACAUGAAGGCUGCCGUUUUAGUCAUUUUAGCAAUUGCCUUAACGGCGCUUGUAGAAUCGUCUCCAGGUAUAGGAGACACCAGGCAACGCGCCCCUUACGUCAAUCGUCUGCCGCCACCGAAACCACGGUUUCGAAAAUCAGCCGAUCCAGAACCUCAAGGAUCCGUAAGUGCCACUUGGCAGAAGAAUCUCGAUGGUCCAGAACGCAGACCUUCUUACAACGUCAACUAUCAGCAGAAACUUUUCGAGAACAAACAUGGUUCAAUCAGCGCAACAGGAGGAGCUCAGAAGUACCCAGGUCAGAGGUGGGAACCAACUGUCGGGCUACAAGGAUCCUUCCGAUUCCGUAGAUCGCCCGAACCGCAGCCGGAACCUCAAGGAUCUGUGAGCGUUACAGCGCAGAAGAAUCUCAGUGGUCCAGAACGUCGACCCUCAUACAACGUCGACUAUCAGCACAAGCUUUUCGAGAAUAAGCAUGGAUCUAUCAGCGCCACAGCAGGAGCUCAGAAGAAUCCAGGACAAAGAGUGCAACCCACUGUUGGAGUACAAGGGUCUUUCCGAUUCCGCAGAUCGCCGGAACCGCAGCCGGAACCUCAAGGAUCUGUGAGCGUUACAGCGCAGAAAAAUCUCAGUGGUCCAGAACGUCGACCCUCCUACAACGUGGACUAUCAUCACAAGCUUUUCGAGAAUAAGCAUGGAUCUAUCAGUGCCACAGCGGGAGCUCAGAAGAAUCCAGGACAGAGAGUGCAACCCACCGUUGGAGUACAAGGGUCUUUCCGAUUCCGCAGAUCGCCCGAACCGCAGCCGGAACCUCAAGGAUCUCUUAGCGCAACCUGGCAAAAGGAUCUCAGUGGUCCGGAACGUCGACCCUCUUACAACGUCGACUAUCAGCAGAAACUUUUCGAGAACAAACAUGGUUCAAUCAGCGCAACAGGAGGAGCUCAGAAGUACCCAGGUCAGAGGUGGGAACCAACUGUCGGGCUACAAGGAUCCUUCCGGUUUCGUAGAUCGCCGGAACCACAGCCGGAACCUCAAGGAUCUGUGAGCGUUACAGCGCAGAAAAAUCUCAGUGGUCCAGAACGUCGACCCUCCUACAACGUGGACUAUCAGCACAAGCUUUUCGAGAAUAAGCAUGGAUCUAUCAGUGCCACAGCGGGAGCUCAGAAGAAUCCAGGACAGAGAGUGCAACCCACCGUUGGAGUACAAGGGUCUUUCCGAUUCCGCAGAUCGCCCGAACCGCAGCCGGAACCUCAAGGAUCUCUUAGCGCAACCUGGCAAAAGGAUCUCAGUGGUCCGGAACGUCGACCCUCUUACAACGUCGACUAUCAGCAGAAACUUUUCGAGAACAAACAUGGUUCAAUCAGCGCAACAGGGGGAGCUCAGAAGUACCCAGGUCAGAGGUGGGAACCGACUGUUGGAGUACAAGGAUCAUUUCGCUUCCGGAGAGCAACGGAGUCUGAAUCCGAAGAAAAGAUCGUUCAAUAAAAUUAAAAUUGAUUCAUUGUAAUAUGUCCAAUUGAAUUCUAUGGGUAUAUGUCUGAUAUAUAUUCGCCACUUUACCACCGAAUUUCAUUCAAGUUAUCUAAUAUGUCUUUGAAUAAAUAAUA